CUCAGGAUAACGACUUCUCAUACAGCCUCAAGGUUUUCCUUCUGCUUGUUGGUGCUGUGUGCCAUGUCCCUGCUCUCUGCACGAUCGCUUGUGAAGGAUGUUUCAGGAAGUCUCAGCCCUAAGUCAACCAACGGUUGCCAGCUUAGGAACACCAGCCUCGGACUAAAAGCUAACUGUACUCACCUAGAUCUCAAGUCUGUUCCUCAGGAUCUUCCAAGCAACACGGUAAUACUUCGUCUCACAUCCAACAAGAUCACAACCCUGUUCAACAGUUCUUUUGCCUAUCUUCCUGACAUCGUUAUCUUAGGGCUUGCAAGCAAUAUCCUCUCAAAGAUAGAAAGUGGUGCCUUUAAGCCUCUGGCUCAUCUCAGGGAAUUAAGUCUAAGCAACAACAGACUAGUUUCUCUUCCAUCAGGUCUGCUUUGCAUGAAUAAUUUCCUUUCCACACUCAUUCUAUGUACAAACAGAUUGUUUUCUUUUCCUGGUGAUGCACUGCCAUGGUCUAACAGUAUCAAGAAACUUGACGUAAGUGGCAAUAAAAUCUCCCUCAUUGAUUCCCGUGACCUAAAACCUCUCCAGAAUUGUUCACUGGAAAGGCUGUCGUUAGUAAAUAAUGCCUUAAGUAGUCUUCCUCUUAAUAUUUUCUCAUAUUUGAGCACAGUGAGGGUGUUGGGUAUUUCGAGAAACAAUUUUCGAAAAUUUCACAUAUCCAUGGUUUUAGGAAGUACUGUCAUCACAAACCUUUUCUUUGAAUCAUGCAAGAUACAUGAAAUAAUUCCAUUGAACAAGUCACAUGUCUCUCUAGGGGAAUGGGGCAAUAUCUCUAAACUAAGUCUUGCAUCAAAUAUAAUAAUUUACGUCCCUGAUUUUGCAUUUUGGGGUUUCAAUCAGACAACAGUUAUUUCACUUCAUAACAGCCAGAUUGCUAAAUUAUCAAACAGAUCAUUUUGUGGGUUAGACCACUUAAUUCAGUUGGAUCUGUCUUACAAUCGCCUCACAACCAUAAGCUUAGAUAUGUUCUCUUGCAAUAAAAUGUUACAGCAACUGAAGCUUAAUGGGAAUAAUAUUGCAAGGCUAUCCAUCGGCAAAGAAUCGGGCCUUUCCUUACUCUAUAUACUCGACUUGGCGCACAAUAAUAUCAAGGAUAUCGAAAUCAGCAGAAAGAAUGUUACAUUUCCCUCAGUAGAGUACAUCGAUCUGUCUUUUAACAGAUUCACAUGGAUCAAGAGGCUAAUCCUGUGGAGUUUCACUAAUCUGAAAAUUCUGAACCUGUCGAACAAUGACAUCUACUAUUCAUAUUCUCCCAAUUCGUUUAUAAACUUGAGGCUUCUCCAAGAGCUGUAUCUUACCAAUGAGCAUUUACAGAUCAUCAACAAGGCUUUUCGCUACCUAGGGGCUCUAACCGUCUUGGAUUUGUCAUUUGCCCCAUUGAAAUUAACCUCCAUAAGUCAAUUCACAAAUACCUCAUCCCUCACCACGCUAAUUAUGCGUGAAAACAGUCUGAGGAGUACAGAUAUGUACCAUGUCAAGACUAAAAGCUCUCUGUUUCUUGGCCUAGACUCUUUGGAGAGACUGGACCUAAGACAGAAUAAGCUUGAUAUGUUAGUACCAGGUACCUUCAAACCGCUGAAGAAACUCAAGAUACUUGACCUGUCGCAGUCUUCUAUAACAGUUCUGAGCCGUGGUGUCUUUGACAGCCUGACUGCCCUUAUGACAUUGGACCUUCGCGACAAUGAGAUCACGAAGAUAUCUGAAUGUCUGCUUCAAACACAAUACCAUCUUGCCGUUCUAUUUUUAAGCAACAAUAAACUUGAAACCAUUCCAAGGACAUUAUUCAAUGAAACCUCCUCUCUGCACAGUCUGUACAUCCAAGAAAACAAAAUUACUACGAUAGAACCAAACACGAUGUUCCCGACAAACACGACACUGAAACUUGAUGCUUACGGAAACCCAUUUUCCUGUACGUGCCGCUUGAGUUGGUUCGUGAACUGGCUCCAUUCUGGCAAUGUUGAGCUCAGGAAUCGAGAAAUAACUUUCUGCUCGCUAACGUCCAUCAAAGAAGAGGUCCAUUCACCUAUACUUUCAUUCAACCCUGACCAGUUCUGUGGCAUUGACACUGUGAUGAUCACAUGUGUAUCCUUUUCAGUUGUCCUGGUCGUGGUGAUUUGCUUGGUGGCUUACAGGAAGCGAUGGUGGCUAAACUACAAACUCUUUCUUCUCAAGCUAGCUAUCUUUGGCUAUGAGGAAAUCAACCAGGACUUUGACGCCCAAGACUACGAGUACCAGCUAAACAUCAUGUACAAUGAAGAUGACGAGGAAUGGGUGGACCGGAUCAUGAAGCCAAUGCUGCAGGAGAGGUUUCCACAUCUGCGGAAAGUGGUCUUUGGUGACAAUGAUCUCAACAUCGGGAUGUUCUACAUCAAUGCUCUCCACUACGCCACCGAGAUCAGCUUCAAGACUGUCUUGUUGAUAAGUUACAACUCUGUAGAUGAUGCCUGGUUCUUGACAAAGCUGCGCAUAGCCUUAGAGCACAUCAACGACACCAGACUGGAUAAGGUAAUACUGAUUUUCAUUGAGGAUAUCCAUGAUGAGGACCUCCCGUACCUGGUUCGGUUAUUCCUGAGUAAGAACAAACCUUAUAUGUUGUGGACGGACGAUGAAGAUGGCCAGGAACUCUUCUGGGCUCAGUUUGAAAAGAGCAUGAGAGCCAAUAGGGCCCUCAACAGCGUUAUUCCCGUUUGACAAGAAUACUUACUACAAUCCUUGAUAAUGUUUGCUUAAUUGAUCAUUCUAGAGCCAUAGCUUACAGCUACCAAAGGAAUUGCACACAUAAUGUUGAUCUACAAUUCCAAAAUAAUCAAUGUCUUAUCUUUAUAUCAUUUAAUCUCCAAAACUUAUCUUUAUGUGCAGUUACCGUUCUAACAAUUCAAUUCCGAGUCAUGAUUUUGAAAUUUUUGUUAAUUGGCAGUGAGUUUGAUAUGUAUUAAAUCUAAUUAUAGUUGAACCUAUGUCUGUAUCAGUUUUUCCCUCCGCUCAUUAUGUAAUAGCAUGUAUUAUGUACUAGUUAUGAGGAACUUAUACCUUCAUUUGUAAACCUCUGUCCUGGAUUAGUGAUGUUAAUUCUUCAUUUG